AUGUUGCUUCGCUGUUUGCCGUGGACGGCGGUUUCCGCUGCUGCACCAAUUCCACUGCAUUCUUCCAUUAAAGUUUUCAAUUCCAUUCCAAAGCAACUCGCCUUCUCCCUUUUAUCCUUCUGCUCCACCUCCGACCUCCAUCUCACUCACCAUCCAGACAAACAUGAACACGAACAGGAUAAUCGUCGCCUGCAACAUCUAAAACCCGACCUUUAUCUCGUCGGAACACCGAUCCGAAAGAGCAGGUCAAACCCACUUUCUAGAGACCACAGGGCAGUUGGACUAGGGCGAAGACCACGUCCUGGUCUUCAAUACGCCACGUAA